CGGAGUCAAAAGUCUGCUGUACGGUCAAAGUGACGGGUAGGAAAUGUUUUUCUUUUGCGGUUUUCAUUGCAGGAAAGUAGGCGAGAGGCUCGCUUUCUUCUCUCAGCUGACGACAUGGACCCUCAUAUAGUUGGACAGCUACAGUAAGCCAACCUGCCGGCACGGAAAGAAAACAUUUCUUUUAACAGAGUUUGCUGCUGACUGAGCUUCAGCCAUGGUGCAGGAGUACCAGUCCCCUGUUCGGGUCUACAAGCACCCGUUUGAGUUGAUAAUGGCGGCCUACGUGAGACGGUUCCCAAAGUGUCCAUUGAUUCCAAUGUUUGUGGACAGCGAGAUCAUAAGUGAGAGCCAAAGUGAUGAUGGAUGCGUGCUGGUGACUGAGAGGCGCUGUACGAUCGACAUCGAAGCCCCACGACUUCUCAAACGGAUCGCCGGCGUGGAUUAUCUGUACUUCAUCCAAAAAAACUCUCUGAACCGCAGAGACAGGACCCUCCAUAUUGAGGUUCACAAUGAGACUUUUUCUAACAGAGUCAUUGUCCGUGAGAGGUGCAGCUACACGGUUCAUCCAGAGAAUGAGAGCUGGACUUGCUUCGAACAGUCGGCUAGUCUGGAUAUUAAGUCCUUUUUUGGUUUUGAAAGCACCGCAGAGAAGAUAGCAAUGAAGCAAUAUGCUAGUAGCAUUAAAAAGGGUAAAGAAAUUAUUGAGUACUACCUCAGAGAGCUGGAGAAAGAAGGAGUCACUUAUAUACCUCGUUGGACCUCCACUGUUGACUCUGGGACAGUCACUUGGAGGCACCAGCUGCCGCCCCCCUCUGCUGCCAGAGCCAUCCCAGUGAACAGUGCCAAGGACGGGCUGCACUGUAAAGACUCAUCAUGUUCUGCAGAGCUAGUGACCGGUUCGCCUGACGACAAGUUGGAUGCUGACUACAUCAGACGUUACCUAGGUGAUUUAACGCCUCUGCAGGAGAGCUGUCUUAUUCGGCUGCGUCAAUGGCUGCAGGAAACCCACAAGGGCAAGAUUCCAAAGGAUCAGCAUGUGCUACGCUUCCUCAGGGCCAGAGAUUUCAACCUCGACAAGGCCAGGGAGUUCCUCUGCCAGUCACUGACCUGGAGGAGACAGCAUCAGGUGGAUUUCCUGUUAGACACAUGGAAGCGCCCUCAACUGCUCCAGGAUUAUUACUCUGGAGGCUGGCACCACCACGACAAAGAUGGCCGUCCUCUGUACAUUUUGCGUCUGGGUCAAAUGGACACUAAAGGUUUAGUACGAGCCUUGGGUGAGGAGGCGCUGCUGAGACAGGUGCUUUCCAUUAAUGAGGAGGGACUGAGGCGCUGUGAGGAAAACACCAGAGUUUUUGGACAACCUAUUAGUUCUUGGACUUGCCUGGUGGAUCUGGACGGUCUAAACAUGCGUCAUCUGUGGCGACCUGGCAUUAAGGCGCUGUUGAGAAUCAUCGAAAUUGUUGAGGCCAAUUACCCUGAAACUUUGGGUCGCCUGCUCAUACUGCGGGCACCGAGAGUUUUCCCUGUGCUGUGGACCCUGGUCAGCCCCCUUAUUGAUGAAAACACUCGUAAGAAGUUCCUUGUUUAUGCUGGAAACGACUACCAGGGUCCAGGAGGUUUGGUAGACUACAUCGACAGAGAAAUCAUCCCUGACUUCCUGCAAGGAGACUGCAUGUGUGACAUUCCUGAAGGAGGAAUGGUUCCCAAAUUUCUGUACAGAACAGCAGAAGAAUUAGAGAGUGAAGAAAACCGCCUGUUGACUGAUUCCAUCUAUAAAAGUGCCAGUAUCUACAAGGGGGCUCCAUACGAGCUGCUGAUAGAGAUCACAGAGGCCUCCUCUGUCAUCACAUGGGACUUUGAUGUGUCUAAAGGAGAUGUGGUAUUUAACAUCUACCACUCUAGGAGAGCCCCUCAGCCUCCCAGAAAGGAAACUCAUGGUAUCGCUUCCCUAGGGGCUGUUAAUCCACAGCUUAUAGACAAGAGCUGGGUACUAGGCCAGGACUACAGCAUGGUGGAGAAAGCCCUCAUGUGUAGGGAGGGAGAGAGUGUGCAGGGCUCCCACAUAACACGCUGGCCCGGCUUCUACAUCCUCCAGUGGCGUUUCCUAAACUCCGCAGCCUGCGCAGCCUCCAGCAUGCCUCGAGUGGAUGAUGUGCUGGCCUCUCUGCAGGUUUCCUCCCACAAGUGUAAAAUCAUGUACUACACCGAGGUCCUUGCCUCCUGUGACUUCAGGGGUUCCAUGACCAGUCUCGAGUCUUGUCACAGUGGCUUCUCACAGCUCAGUGGCACCACAACAUCCUCUACUAUUUCAAGGUAGCGUCUGUUAAGCGGACGUCCAGAUGCAGCGAUGGCCAAAGCUCACUUGUAUCCACCAGCUCUGCUUGUCCCUGGUGCCUUGAAAGAGAAUUUUGUUUUUCAAAUAUGAGCUGUGUCACCGAAGACUGAUUUUUGUUUCUACCGGAGUACAUUAAUAAUGUAUACCUGAUGAAAAUGCACUUUCGUCUUAUAUCCUUGCAAUACGACAAUGCAUAAAAUGAAAAAAAGGAGAUGGCUCACACACAGUAGCGUUUAUAUAUUCUUAGAUUAAAUUUUAAAAAAGCACACAUGAGCUUCUGUCCUUGCGUCUGUUGUCCACAAGGUGUCAGUGCAGUCUGCUGGAGCUGCUCUCAAAUCUGCAGCGGCCUUUCCGCUUGGAGUUUAACUCACAGUCUUCAUUUGGUUGUCUAUGAAAUUGAAGGGAGAAUUGUUCAGAAUUGUAAAACAAUAAUAAUCGAUGUCUCUGGAGUGUCUUGCACCAAGUGUUUCGAACAGCACCUGCGCUGGCAAAGCUGUGCUGAAGCCAUAUCUUUGAUUUAUCAUCGAGAUUGUUAUUGCUCUUCGAGCAAACGGUGAGGUUUUAGAAAUGAGAAGCUGGUAUGAAAUCUCUUUUUUGAAAAUCUGCAGCACACUCCCUAGAUUUCAUGUAAUGUUUUUUGGGCUUGUUAGGCGGAGCUGCUUAGUUUUCUCAGGCAGCUAAUUUAAAUGCAAUAAAGUGCAGCCUCUUGUGAUCUGGCACUGGGCCAGGCAGACUACUGAUUUACAUAAAACUUUAAUUUCCAUAAACUUAUCAGAUGCUUCCAGCUAAAGCUUAAUUGAAUUUUCCUGCGUUAUUAUUAUUAUUAUUUCUUUUUUUUGUCUUCUUGGUUGCAAACUCGUGUCAUGUUGGUGUUUAUCCCGGCACAGUCAGAUACGUGGAGUUUUUUCUUUUUGAGGCUGAUUUACCAGCAUCCUGACUUCCUGCUGCCAUGCCGGUGCUGUUAGACAGAGAAAGUUCACCGACUUAGCCUGAAGCUUGUUUAGUGAAUUAUUCAGCCUGCUCUAACAACCUCCCAAAACCCACAUUUUCCACACACAGAAUAACACUUCUGUAUAUUGAUGUGCCUAAUUUUCUUGUAAAAAAUGUUUUUGUUAAUAUAACUGUUAUAUAUUUUAAGGCCAAAUUAUUUUACUGGCUCACAUUGGCUUGAAAAUGUCUACAUAUGUAAAAUUUCAUAAGCAAAUGAAAUACUCGAUAAUGCAUAACCUCAUAAUGUGGCCACCUGUUUGGUUGACCUGACACCACCUUCUGAGGGAGUCCUGGCUGACCUGAAGCCACAAAUCACUCGGCUGAUUAAUCAUUACAGCUCGUCCUGUGUGCUCACAUGCUGAUGUUUACUAGGUACAGUUUAAUGUUAAAAGUGGGCAGGGGGAGGAGAUGGGAACAUUUCUUCUGCAGAUAUUUGUUGUAAACUGAAUGAAUUUCGACUUUAUAACAUCUGAUAAAAUGAAGAAAGAUUAGAGAUGUCCUGAAUAUCUAUUCUAAGUUGUAAUUGUAAGAAACCUGAAAUGUUUUGAAAGAUUUCAAGCUACUCACAAAAAAUGGGAAUCUCUCUCUGUGCUAGAAGAGAUGUCUUAGGAUCAAAUGUAUUGUCCAAUAUGUUAUAUAUUAUCUCUCUUCCUCACCAGUUUUGACGAAAGAACUGAUAAAUGCACCUGCACUUUGACUUCUUAUUACUUAUUCGCUUGUUGCGCUGCUGAACAUCCCAGAUAAGUCUCCAGCAAAGUUAUCCGGAAUUUGCCUCCCCAUAGGCACAAAUGAAGACUCAAUCCCCCUGUUAUUUCCCUAAGACAUUUCACAUUCUCUCUCUAACCUGCCUCAUAAGCGGCUGAUUGAAUGUGCUUUCCCACCACGGCGGAGAUUGGACUUGUCUGAAGUAAGAGUCAAAUUAAAAUCAGUCUGGAAUAAGACCGCAACCUAGAAGACUAGAACACUUUAUUCUUUGGCGAGCACAGCAGGCAGGCAGGAGGAGGGCUGCAUUCAUAAUAUGCUGCUGAAAUAGUCCUCAGACUUGUUACCGAUAUUAGCAUCCCAGCCUUCACUGGGAAUAUGUACAUGAUAAUGAACGAUCUUUUCUCGGCUUUUCCAGACUCAGACAUGGAAAUAGGCAACACGGGGAUGACUUUGAGGCUGUCUUUUUUUCUGUAUUUACAUCUCAUGAAUAGAAAAAAUAAAUAAAUUACAAAAGGUAGGGAGGUUGUGCUUUGCAAAAUAGUGAUUCAUGCACCGCUUACCCAUGUCAACACACUCCUCUGAGUCUAUUUGCAAGAGCUAACAAAGUUGAUGCAUUAAGAGAAGCCAAGGUCAGCUGAUAAUAGCGCCUAAAAUACAAAGCGAAAAAUAAAAUAAUAAAAAAUAAGGUGAAAACCACUUAUCGCUCAACCAGUUCUCUUUAUCCACCACAGGCUUCAGCUAAAAUGGAUUUUUUUCUUGUUGAACUCGAUAAUAAAAGAGAAAACCUUAUCAGGCAUAAGGUUGUAGGCUCUCACUGUAGUGUGGAGCCUCAUUAAAACCUAAGCCGUGUUUCAUUUGCUUCCUUCUGACAAUCUUGACCUUCCCACUAAUUGAAAAGGAGAGCUCCGGAUUAGUGCGCCACAUUAUUUUCCGGAGGCUUGAUACACUGGCAGGAAAACUUUGCCCGGGAUUGUUGGUCUCAAAACAACUGUGCGUCUAAAUCGCGGCCCUGGUUUGAGUGUGAUGUACGGAAGCUGAAAAACAAACAGUAAAACUUCGUUUGAGUUGUGGACCUGUCUGAUUAGCUAAUCUUAUAUUGGCCUGUUUGAAAUUCAUUUUCUGACUUGAUAUACUGCUGGGCUUGAUUAAUAUGUCCACAAACAAAUAGAUACAGUCACAUCUAUUUAUCUCUGAUGUUUCAUACCAUCUCUCAUAUCGUGUUACAUUGAUUUCUCCCUGCUACAAGAGAGACCAUCAAUCUAGCUACAAUUUAGGGCAAUUUCUGAGCUCUGCCCUCAUUUGCAACAGACUGUCAAGGUUCUGCUUUAAGUUGUGUUGUUUUCAUCUGCGUUCGAAUCACACCUGCAUUUAUUUCUCUGGGCUUCCUUGGCUCACUGACUGCUGUAGUUGACAUUUUCAUUCUUUGCCCUCUAAUUGGUCACUGAACUGUGGAGGUCAAUAUGAGUUUUUGCCCCCUCCCCCACACACACACACUUUUAAAUGCUUUAGUGGAAACACUAUAGCAGUUACUUAUCUUUUUGCUUGUUUGGAUCGAUUACUAAGCUGUGCCGAGUAACUAAUCUGUCUAAUGUAAGAAUGAACGACAGGAGACAUCGAGCACCACAUCGCAGUCCCGUUUAUGACACAACCACAAACAUGUUUUGUGCUGCAUCCCUUUCCUGUAAUAAAGAAGAGUGCCAACUCACGCUUUAUCGUCAUGCCAUUGAUUGAAUCCUGACAAUAGCUGCCCCAGGGUUCACAUAAAAUAUUGAAUUACUUUCCUCUAUAAAAAGACAACAGACCUCGAAGGCUGUGUGCAAAUCAAAUUAAGCCUUCCUCUUUUUAAAAAAAAAAAAGAAAUUUAGAAAAUUUAGAACAAGAAAUGCUAAAUUAGCUAAAAUUCAUGCUGGGAAAACAGCAGUGGGAGCAAUAUGCUUGGAGACUUGUUAAAUUUGAAAUGGUGGCUUCGACUUGGAGCAGGCCUGCAACUACAAAGCAUCUACAAACUAAAGUGAUAAAAUAACAUGGCAAUAAGACAGAAUCAGUCUGUGUGAUGAUAAAAUGAUUAACGAUGAUAAAUUGGACAGUUUCUGAAAUUCCUCCUUGCAAACU